CUCCUCUCUUCUUCCUCCGCUCCACUUCCUGCACCCGCUUCUUCCCCCAAAGGCCAAAACCCUAAAUCUCCUCCCUCCCUCCCUCCAAGCACCUAGCUGCCGCCGGUUCCCGCGUAUGGGAGGGUCGCGGCGCAAAUUGAAGCGCUCCCGCACUAAGGUCCGCGUGGGGCUUCCCCGCCGGAAACCCAAUGAAUUCAAGGCGGCCUUCGAACUCCCCGAGGCACUCGCCGCCGCCGCCGGGGCCGGGGCGGGCUGGGACGCGGAGGGCAGCGUAGUGAAGAACUACGCCGCGUUCGGGGUGGUGGCCAACCCAAACCUACUCGGUGCGCACUCCCGCGGCACGCCGCGGCUCGUCCAGAGCGCGGCGCUGCAGGCGCCCGACGUCGCCGCCGCGCAUGCACCCGUCCCGGAGUUCGAGCCAAUCGAUACCGGCAGCGACCUCGAGGACGACGACCUGAAGUCUGCUCUUGGGAAGAAAAGGAAGGAUGGCAAAUCUGCACCGUUGCAACCACUUACUAAAGUUCAACGUGUUUGCAUUGGCAGAUUAAUAGAGAAGUACGGUGAUGACUACAAGGCCAUGUUCAUGGAUACCAAGCUGAACGCAAUGCAGCACUCUGUGGGUACAUUGAAGAAACUAUGCGAAAGACACCACGUUGAUGGCAAGAUCUUCGUCUAUCCACUGUAGUAUUGUGCUGGCACCUACUUCAGCCUCAGUGUACUCUUUUCGCCCCGUUAAUGGAACAAGAACAAUUUUGCAAUGUGCCCCAAAGAGGAAUCCGCAAUUCAGAACUAUUGUGUACU